AUGGGCGGUCUCCUGCAGGCCCUCGGCGUCGAGCCCACGAACCAGAACAUCGUCAGCGCCAUCGUCGACAUGGACGUCGGCCAGCGCGGGACGGUCUCGUUCGCCGACUUUGCCGCCUACUACAAAGCCAACUUUCUCCCGCGUCAGCCGCUCAAGACGGUCGCGUCCAAGCACGUGGCGGGCAUCGGCGAGGCCAAGCAGGCGUCGUACACGCUGCCGCCAAAGUCCUUUUGCUUUGGGAAGGCCCUCCAGCGCGACAAGGAGAACGCGGGCCAAGUGCUGCGCCAGCAUGGCGAUGCCGGCGAUGAAUAUGGCGGCCGGCGCGCGACGACCUCGGUACUGCGGCGCCCAACAACAACAACAACAACAUCGUCAUCCUCCAAGGUCAACGAAGCGCGAAGCUCGUCGUCCUUAUCGGCGACGACGCCCAAGCCAAAAGCCGACGACAUUGACCAUGGCAUGGCGUUUGUGCUGUCGCAGAUCAAGACGCAGCUCAAGGCCAAGGGCGCGUCCGGGCUCCAGGGCCUCUCGCGCCGCUUCCGCCUCAUGGCAAGUCACGGCGGGAGCAUCGAUUGUACGGCUUUUAAAAAAGCGCUCAAGGAACUCCAACUCGACGUCUCCGAGAAGGACGCCAGGCGCCUCUUUGAGCUCUUCGAUGUCGAUCGCAGCGGCAGCAUCGACCUCAAUGAGUUUCUCUUGGCGCUCUCUGAGCCCAUGAACGCGGCGCGGACCGCGGUGGUCCGCGGCGCCUUUGAGGCCUUGGACCGGGACGGCAACGGGGUGCUCUCUGCCGCAGACAUCAAGGGCCGGUACGACACGAGCAAGCACCCGGACGUUCGGUCCGGUCUCAAGACGGACGUUGAAGUCCUCACCGAGUUUCUCAGCAUGUUCUUUGAUCCGUCGCGCGCCAAAACGAGUAGCGUCGUGACGUGGGAUGACUUUGCCCAGUACUACGAGCAUCUGAGCAACGUCAUCGAGAGCGACGAGGCCUUUGCGAGCAUGGUCAUCAACUCGUGGCGCGUCCGCGCGCCCGUCGCCGCCGCGUGGAGCUCUGCCCGGCCUGGCACGGCCAAGUCCACCAAGUCUGUUGCCAUUGCACCGGUCAUUCCGGCCACAAAAGGUCAUUUCCCGAGGACGACAACUGCGUGGAUGUCGUCCGACUCGGCGAGCUCUCUCCUCUACAACGCCAGCCCGUCGUGCUCAGGAUCCGAACCGACAAGCGAGACCGGUGGCAUCGACAUCGCCUCUCUGGACGCUGGCAAAAAAGGGGUGGUCGCCCGUGUGACGACGCAAAUGAAGGCGAUCGGAGUCCCCGCGUAUGCUUGCAUUUUGCGGCGCGCCAAGCUCACGCCAACCUUGUCGCUGGCCGACUUCAAGACGACGAUGAAGGACGCCGGCGUGAUUCUCUCGGACAAGGACUGGCGCGUUCUCUUUGAGCUCUACGACCCCAAAGACACGGGCACGAUGAGCUUUGCGUCGCUCGUGCAGCAGCUGCUCGUCCAGCGCCUGCCCGACGCCCGGUGCGCGAUCCAUGGCAGUCUUGCCUAUGGCGACUUUAUUGCGCGCUUCGACCCGAGCAGCCACCCGGACGUCCGAUCCGGCAAGUGCUCGGAGGCCCAAGUCCACAGCAAUUUCCACGACGCGUUCGUGCUCCCGGCGUCGGGGCUCGUGACGCAGGCGGAAUUUGAAUCCUACUACGAGAUGGUCAGCAACUCUCUCGACGACGACAGCGUCUUCGAAGCCACGGUGCGAGACGUAUGGCACACACGCUUCGAUGUGACGCAGGACGAUUAUGACCAUGACAAUGACACGGCAUCCUUGCGCAGCGCCGUGACGUCGGUCAAGACGACCAAAGACCCACUGCGCGUCUACGAAGAGAGCGUCAAGGCGCAACAAAUCCUGCAAACGGCCAAGUCGAUUGCGAAUGCCGACGCCGCACGCAUGCGUCGCGCCAGCCGACCGACAAAGAGCAGCAUCGGACGCGCGACCAAGGCCAAAGCGUCGUCUGCGAGCCAGCGCAAGUCGUGGACGUAA